AUGAAGCAGGGGGAGCUAAGGCGCACCCUCAUUGUUGCCACAUUUCUGUGUUUUUCCUUGUUUGUUUAUUUGUAUUGGCAACAAGGCACGAGGCCUUUACACUCACUGGUUUUGACCUACAAACGCAUCUACACUUCAAGUCGUAAAUCGUAUCCGGCUCAAUGGACCUGGCAUUGCGUGAAUCAGAAAUGCGAAAGACACAUAGUCUCAGAAAAGUCAAUAAUAACUGGUCUGAGUACUUGCAAUAUGCUAUGUGGGUCGACACAGUUGUGGCCCCAGCCCACUGGACCAGUGACAUUAGGUAGCAAAGCUUUAAGCUUCAACCACGCUCAACUACAGUUUGCAAACUCCACCCUUCUAAACGAGGCCUUAGCCUCAUUCAAUGACACCGUAUUAAGCCUAGUGCGCAGUGACGUCACCAAAAGGCCCGACCUAAACAAAUUCAUAGUGCGCAUACACAUCACACACAGCGCCAUCUCUCGCUUGAAACUAAAAACCGACGAAAGUUACAGUUUGACAUUGAAAUGUACGAAAAACAAGGAAAUUGUAGCGAGUAUUGGGGCUAAGACUUACUUUGGGGCCCGCCACGGUUUGGAAACUUUAGCCCAAUUAAUAUGGUGGGAUGACUAUCGACAAACCUUAAUGGUACUAAAAGGUGCCACAAUCCAAGACAAACCCAAAUUCCCCUAUAGAGGGCUCAUGAUCGAUACUGCAAGGAAUUUCAUGUCAAUAGAAAGUCUAAAGCGGGUUCUAAUAGGGAUGUCAGCCACAAAACUAAACAUUUUCCAUUGGCACCUUAGUGACAGUCAAAGUUUUCCGGUGGUACUACCGAGGGUACCACAACUGGCUAAAACAGGGGCGUACGGGCCGGAAAAGACUUAUUUGCCUGAAGAAGUUAAGGCUUUAGUUGAGUUUGCUAGAGUGAGAGGGAUAAGGACGAUUUUGGAGGUCGAUACGCCCGCCCAUGCCGGGAAUGGGUGGGAUUGGGGGCCACGUGAAGGUUUGGGAGAAUUGGCAGUUUGCGUGAACGAACGUCCGUGGAGCCUUUAUUGUGGAGAACCGCCUUGCGGCCAAUUGAAUCCGGAAAAUCCCAAUGUUUACGAUGUUUUAGAGAAAAUUUACAGAGACCUACUAGAAUUGAGCGGCGAAAAGGAAAUUUUCCAUUUGGGCGGUGACGAGGUCAACCUGGAAUGUUGGGCCCAACAUUUACAAAAAACGAACUACUCCGACUUGCACGAUUUAUGGGGCGAGUUCACUCUAAAAGCUCUGGAGCGACUCCAAAAAGCGAACGACAACCAGCCAAUUCCACAUGUGAUUUUGUGGUCCAGCAAAUUAACUAAAAGGCCGUACCUUACUAAGUACCUCAAUAAGAGUCAAAUGACAGUUCAGAGCUGGGGUGGGAGUCAAUGGUCCGAUACUCCGGAUCUAAUAGCAGAUGGGUACCAGGUUCUAAUUUCCCAUGUGGACGCUUGGUACUUAGACUGUGGAUUCGGCAGGUGGAGGGAAACUGGGGAAGCAGCCUGCGAUCCUUAUAGGCCUUGGCAAGUGGUCUACAAUCACAGGCCUUGGCAACAGUUCAGACUCAACAAGAACCAGAUUUUAGGUGGUGAAGCAUGUUUGUGGACGGAACAAGUAGAUGAAUCGAAUCUGGACACUCGACUCUGGCCCAGAGCAGCUGCGUUUGCGGAACGAAUGUGGAGUGACCCGGAACUGGACACUACAACGUUCGGAAUUCAAGAGGACGUUUACACCCGAUUGUCUACUCUAAGAGACAGAAAGUCCAAGAAAUCAAAGAAAAGUUGGGCAAAGCCCUGA